AGCGCGCGAAACCUGUUGGGCCGGCAAUGACCUAGUUCGAAUGCAUCCUCGUGAUCAUUUGCUGGCGUGCCUUCAAACAAGAUGAUUCUGUUUGCGCUCUUCCAAGCCACCCUCGUUCUUGAGCUGUUUGUUUUCCUCUUCUUUUUCUUCCCGACCAUCGUCGUGUACGAGUCGCUGACAUCCAGAUUGAGUAAAAGCAAUGCCCUCGGUUCGUCCAUUGGUUCCUGUACUGUUGAUGAUAAUUGCGGGGUGUGCAAGGACAUGACGAAAGAGGGCGGUACCAUUGAACCGCCGAAUUUUCCGAACGAGUACAGCUCCGAUUUGAAUUGUGUGUACAAAAUCGAGUCACCAACGGACACGAUGAUCGAAUUAACUUUUACCGAAUUUAUUGUGGAAAAUUGCUGUGAUUUCAUCACCGUGUUUGACGGUGAAAGUGACCCGCUCAAAAUCGCCCUCAACGGCUACGAUAUUCCUGAAGCCAUAACAUCCACAGCCAAUAAAAUGACGAUUAAAUUCACUACGAAUGGCGACAACACGAUGAUACUGCCCGCCAAUUUAAGUCCCGGACGAUGGCAAGCGAAAUACAAGUUCCUAGCGAUAGAAAGCCGCAUCACAGUCCCGUUAGAAAAUGCAACACUCGCAAAACUAUAGCCUUUU